UGUUGUGGUAUUUAAGUCCGGACGUAGCAGCUUUAUCAUUUAUCGAUGAAAAUAUUUCUUCUGACGUCAGACGAAAAAUGGAUCAGUUUGACUUUUCUAAAUGUUUUAUUUUCAAUUCAGGAGAGUUUGAUUGGUUUCUUGACAAAAACGUUGAUUAUUUUAUUAAUUAUAAUUCCGCCAAAUUUUUCGAAAGAUUCAAUAUCGAUACAGAUUUUCUACUAUUAGAUGAUAGUACAUGGUCACAACACCCAGAUUAUUUAAAAGGUUUGGAAAUUGUUAAGCAUCUGAAAGUGGUAACCGAUUCUGCAGAACAAGCUGUUAAACUAACUGAAAAAUAUAUUAAUACU